AUGAAAAACAGCACUGCAGCAGGCAAGUUUGCCGAAAUGACCCACAAGUACUCCCGGACGGUACAUCUCCCGAAGUGCGAUUUUGCCAACCGGUCGAACCGAAAACUGAUCGAGGAGAAACUUUUGCCGCAGACGACGAGCGAAUUGUACAAGUGGAAUAUUGAGAAACCACUCAAGGACGGGAAAUUGAGCAAUUUGUUUAUUUUGCACGACGGCCCGCCGUACGCGAACGGGGACAUCCACAUCGGGCACGCGCUGAACAAGGUGCUUAAGGACAUAAUUUUGCGGUACGAGCUACUGCGGGGUAAGAAGGUGUUUUACCGGCCCGGGUGGGACUGCCACGGGUUGCCGAUCGAAUUAAAGAUGUUGGAGCGGCACGAGCGGGAGAAGCGCAAGGCGGAGAGGCGGCUGAAGGUGAAGAUCGCGGCGGCCGAGCGGGAGGCGGACCAGGGGGAGGCGGCUAGGCUGAGGGCGGAGCUCACGGGACUUCGCGGGCGGCAUAUGGGCCCGCUCGAGAUCAUCAGGGAGUCGCGGAAGCACGCGCAGGCGACGCAGAAGAAGCAGGCGGAGUCGUUCGAGCGGCUCGGGAUCCUGGGGGAUUUCGCGCACCCGUACCUGACGCUGAGCCGGGGGUUCGUGGUGGACCAGCUGAAGGUGUUCGGGCGGCUGUUCGAGCGGGGGUUGAUCCACCGGCAGGAGAAACCGGUUUACUGGAGCUGCGAGAACGCGACUGCAUUGGCGGAGGGGGAGUUGGAGUACCACGAGCACGUUUCGCGGGCGGCGUACGUGAAAUUUCCGGUCGUGCGAUUGAGUGGGGCUUUGAGGGAGGGGAGAGAGGGAGAUAAAUUAAGUGAGGGAGAUAACUUAAAUGGAGGGGAUAAAUUAAAUGAGGGAGACUUACCUGAAAAUGAUAAAUUAUGUGGAAAGAAUAAAUCAAGUGUGGGAGUCUUAUCUGAAAAGGAUAAAUUAAAUAAACAUGAUAAAUUAUGUGAGGGAAACUUACAUGAACAUGAUAAAUUAAAUGAACAUGAUGAAUUAAGUGAAAGAAAAUUAAGUGAAGGAAACUCAAGUGAAGAAAAUAAAUCAACUCAUCAACUUGAACCCAUCUCAGCUUUGGUGUGGACUUCAACCCCCUGGACAUUGGCCUCCAACAAAGCCAUCUGCAUCAACGAAAAUUUGAGGUACACACUGGUGGAGUCGGACGAGGACGGCGUGAUGAUCGUCGCGUCGAGCUGCCUGGACGCGGUCCGGCAGCUGAAGCCCGGGCUCCGGGAGCUGGGCGUGGAGUUCGCGGGCCGCGAUAUUUUGGGCAGCCGGUACGUGAACCCGUUGGUGGGAGGUGGGGUCGGGGCAACGGAAACAGUAGGCUCCCCCACGGAGAUGCCCUUCUUGCACGGGUCGCACGUGACGGCAGGCACGGGCACGGGCCUUGUGCACACGGCGCCCGGCCACGGCCAGGACGACUACCUUGUGUGCCGGCGGCACGGCAUCGCCCCGUACUCCCCGGUGGAUGCCCGGGGCCGGUUCACCGCGGACCUACCGGGCCCCCUCCGGGACAUGGCCGGCCUCAAGGUGCUCACCAGGGGAAACGACCGCAUGAUUGACCGGGCCCGGGCCCUCGGCAUGUGUUUCCACGUGGACAACCACUACGUGCACUCGUACCCAUACGACUGGCGGUCCAAAAAACCAGUUGUGAUUCGUGCCACGCCGCAGUGGUUUAUCGACGUGUCGCAGAUCAAGGCACGGACGAUCGACGCGCUCACCGGCCGGGUGAAAUUUUGGCCCCCCCGCGGACUGCGGCGAUUGACGUCUUUUAUCGCGAAUCGCGAUGAGUGGUGUAUUUCGCGGCAGAGGUCGUGGGGCGUGCCCAUCCCGGUGCUGUACCGGCGGGACACAGGGGAGCCGCUGAUGAGCAGCGGGGUGAUAGCGCGGGCGGCCGAGAUCAUUGCGGCCGAGGACGUCGACGCGUGGUUUGCCCCCGAGGACGGCCCCGCGAUGGCCCGGUGGCUGCCUGCGGGCUUCACCGGGGACCCCGCUCAAUACACCAAGGGCCGCGACACCAUGGACGUGUGGUUCGACUCGGGCUCCAGCUGGACAGUCGUUCGCGACUAUCUCCGGCGUGAGGGGAUUCUCGACCAGGCCGUCAGCCGCGGCUACCUCGCGGACGUCUACCUCGAGGGCUCGGACCAGCAUCGCGGGUGGUUCCAGUCGUCCGUACUAACUGCCGUGGGGAGCUGGGAUCCGGAAAAAGUAGAGAAGGGGGGAUUAGAAAAGUCAGAUAUUUUAGGAAAAUCAAAUAUUUUAGAUAAACCAAUUAUUUCUGACGGUUCACCUAAUUUAGCAAGCUCAACUGCUUCAACCAAUUUAGAAAAAUCAACAUCAAAUUUACAAAGCUCAACUGCUUCAACCAAUUUAGAAAAAUCAGCUUCAAAUUCAGAAAAAUCAACCUCCCCAUAUACUGCAAAUAAAUUAACCAGUACAUCUCCCCCUGUUUCAUCGACCAAAAUUGCCCUCCCUACACUCCCAUAUCACAAUGUCAUCACCCACGGUUUCACCCUCGAUGAAAAAGGCGACAAAAUGUCGAAAUCCCUCGGCAACACAAUUGCCCCCGCGGAGAUUCUCGACGGCAACAAGCAGCGCGGGAUCCCUGCGCUCGGCGUCGACGGACUCCGGCUCUGGGUCUCGCAGUCCGACUACUCCUCCGACGUCACUGUCGGCCCCACCGUGCUCGGCCACGUCGCGGAAAACUUGAAAAAAUUUAGAUUCACUUUCCGGUUCAUGCUCGGCAAUUUGCACGGCUUCGGCGGCUCCGCCCACCGCGAUCCCGCGGCCGAUCCCCUUGGAGGCUACGCGGGUGAUCCCCUUGGAGGCUACGCGGGUGAUCCCCUUGGAGGCUACGCGGGUGAUCCCCUUGGAGGCUACGCGGGUGAUCCCCUUGGAGGCUACGCGCUCGAUCCCCUCGACCGCUACACGCUCUCCCGGCUCCAGGCCCUCGAGCAGACCGCCUCGCAGUGCUACCGGGACUACAACUUCGCGCGCGUGGUGAAAGAAACUAAUUUUUUCGUCAACAACGUCUUGUCUGCACUGUAUUUUGACAUUAAAAAAGACUGCCUUUACACAGAUGCAGUUGAUUCACCCCGUAGGCUCGCAACUCAGGCUGUGCUUGCCGAGGUUCUCAGGACCCUGGUCAGCGUGCUGGGCCCAAUUUUGCCUAUGCUGGCCCAGGAAGUCUGGACUGCCUCCCCGGCCUUCCUCACGCGCGGGGUCGCCUCGCCCUUCAUCGCGGGCUGGCACCCGGUGCCCACCGCGUACCGCCGCCCGGACCUAGAGGCCGACUUCACCCGGCUCCUCGCGCUUCGCGAUCGCAUCCGGGCCCUCACCGACACCGCCACCCGGAGAGACCGGGCCGUCCGCAACUCUCUCGAGACCGCCGCCUACGUCACCGCCGACCCCGAGGGCGAACUUUUUGCCUUCUUGAAAAAAUACAACUCCUACCUCGCCGACUACCUGCUCGUGUCCAGGUUUGUGCUUAACGGGCAACCUCCCGCUCACCCGCGGUACGACUACCGCGACGCCCACGCCGACAUUGCUGGUCUCGGCCACUGCUCCAUCAGCCUCGUGCCUAGUGACAGGCUCAAGUGCCCGCGGUGCUGGAAAUUCACCCGCGAUGAGGGCACCGAGCUCUGCGGCCGCUGCCAGCACGUCGUCGACCGCAGGGGCCGCAUGCAGGUGGAAGGUUGA